AUGGUGGCUAAUGAUGCUCUCAUUGAGGCAUUCCAAGCUGGUUUAGCAACCCACUUCUUGCGAAUCCAAGACCAAUCCUUCCCGAGCGAGUUGCAUGACCGUAUGUGCGACAUGACGUUGGAUGCUUUCGCCUGGCCUCCAGAGGUCAAGAGUGCAAUGUCCAUGGCCAAUUCAAAGCAUUUCUUGGGCUUUACUGGCCGUGGCGAUGAGUUAACGAAUGACCACGUAGACAACCGUGAGGUUUUCGAUUUUGUGCUGGAGAGCAACCAAGCAGCGCAGGCAUAUCCGGGCCAACGACAUACCGAGUACGGGCUAUUGACAGGCUGUAAUCAGUGGCCAGAUCCGUCAAUUAUUGGCGAGGAUUUUCGCUUGACUGUUGAACAGUAUAUGUGCCAUAUGCGAAAAGUGUACCUCAAGGUGAUGGAGCAGUUAGAGAUCGCUCUUGAUCUUCCCAUCAAAGCCUUGCGAAAACUCGACACGCCGGACGCAUUGCACCGUCUAAAACUCAUCAAGUACAUCCCCGAAAAUGAGUUCGCAGGUACAUGGAAAACGAAGCAAGGCGUGGGAGCUCACCAAGAUGAGAGCGGAUGGUUGACGUUUGUGCAAGAGAUUGAUGAACCGGGGUUGCAGGUUCAUCUACGAAGCGGAAAGGAGUGGAUUGAGGUUCCUUUUGGGCCCAAUACAUGGGGUGUUAACUUUGGGUAUUCUGCCGUUCGACAUAUUGAGAUGAGAAGUUGCCACUGA